GCUGCUUUUGCCAUCUCUCUGUCUGUCUCUCUCCUCCUCCUUUCUUUUUUUUUUUUCCUUUAAACAAAAACCACUCACCUUUCAUUUUCGCCACACCCCAUUUUUUUUCUGGCCACAUAAAAAGAAAACACACCCAUUUCUUUUUUUUUAACAUUACAUCGACUACAACCCUAUAACCUUUUUUAAUGGAUUCUGGAGGUGGAGAAGACUUUGAAAAACUGCCAGUAACUGACAGAUUACAACACACGCUUUGGAAAGCGCGUGUGUCAGCGUAUGAAGAGUUAACAUCCCUGUUUCGAAAAACGGACAACGAUUCCGACUUUUACACGUACGAAAGCUAUUUAAAGAAAAUCGCCACAGAUGCCAAUGCCGUUGCGCAAGAAGCAGGGCUCACCACGAUAACCGAAUAUGUAAAUAAUGCACCCAACGCUUCAAGCACCCGUGAAACGGUUGUACCUGCCCUUGUCGAAAAGUGCCUCGGUGCUACAAAAGCUGGCACGAAGCAAAAAGCAACCGAACUCCUUUUAUUAUAUGCAGAGAUCGAUGUUGCUGAUCCAGUGGUGGAACUCGUCAUACCUGGCAUAAAAGCUAAACAACCCAAACUGGUGACUCAAACAGUCAUCGUCUUGAAGGAGUUUGUAAAACAAUACGGUAUCAAGACAGUCGGCCCUAAACCAAUCCUUAAAAUCAUACCCAAGUUAUUCGGACACACGGAUAAGAAUGUGCGAGCGGAGACUUUUGCAUUAACGGUCGAACUUUAUCGAUGGCUGGGUCCAGCAACAAAUCAAUACCUUUCCGAUCUUAAACCAGUUCAACAAAAGGAUUUGGAAGAAGCAUUUUCAAAAUUGCCACAAGAAAAGCCUAAACCCGAGCGAUUAUUGCGAUCGGAACAAGCUGCCGCUGCCGAAGCCGCUGCUGCUGAAGUUGAAAUGGGCGAUGCACAAGAUAAUGACGAAGAUGGUGGCGGCGGCGAGGCAAUGGAGGAAGAAGUGAUUGAUCCAUAUGAUUUAGCGGAUCCAGUCGAUAUUACAAGCAAAUUGCCACCCAACUUUUUUGAAUUACUAGCUUCCAAAAAGUGGCAGGAACGAAGAGAGGCAUUAGACGCUUUGCUUAAAGUGGUAGAAACUCCAAGACUCGCAGAUAAGGAUUAUACAGAAUUAAUGGGUGCAUUGGCAAAGCGUAUUAGCGACACAAAUAUUCUACUGGUGGGAACGGCAGCAAAUUGUAUCGAGAAAAUUGCAUCUGGUCUUCGUCAGGAUUUUGGCAAAUAUAAAGGAGUGGUUGCUCUACCAAUGAUCGAGAAACUCAAAGAACGCAAACCAGCGAUUCUCGAACAUCUUCAAAACGGCCUCAAUGCAGUACUAGCAUCCGUACCGCUAAGCGAGAUGAUUGAAGACAUUUCAACGGGUGUAAAGCACAAGAAUCCUCAAGUACGCGGUGGCUCUGUCAAAGUGCUGUCGCGACGGUUGAAAGAAACACGUGUGGCGCCCGUCAAACCCGAAUACAAGGCAUUUGCAGAGCUGAUGCUCAAAACACUCGACGAUGCAGAUGGCGGGGCCCGUGAAGCCGGUGCAGAGGGUCUUGGUACAUUGAUGAAAGUCAUUGGCGAAAAGGCAUUACUGCCUUGGACAGAAGGUCUUGACGAUAUCAAAAUGGGCAAGAUCAAGGAGGCAUUUGAGAAGGCCGAAGUAAAAGCAAAACCUGUCGUUGCAAAGAAACCUCCACCGCCACCCGCUAAAAAGGCCCCUGCAGCCAAACCACCUGUCAAAAAACCCGCAGCAAAACCAGAACCCAUGGCACUCGACGACGACGACGACGACGACGGUAUGAAUGCAGCACCAGCGAUCAGUCCGCCCAAACGAAAACCACCGUCGCGACUUGCAGGUGGAAGCUCGGCCAAAAAACCGACCCUUUCCUCAACAAAACCAAAACCGAAAGCACCUACAGCAGCAGCAGCAGCACCCAAGAAAGCCGCCAAAUUACCACCUUCAAGCGGACCGGAAGAAACAGUAAAAUACAGGUUUACCCCUGAAGAUGCCGAGGCACGGACAACUGAGUUUGUUCCGGCCAAGAUCUGGGAAGAACUUCAACAAAGUCAAUGGAAAAUCAGAUUGGCAGCCAUGGAAUCGCUUUACAGUCAUUUCGAUCAGAUGGGCGACGACGACACGAUCGAGACCGAGCCAGAAAUCGUGUUUCGUGUGUUUUCCAAGAAGCCUGGAUGGAAGGAAAUGAACUUUCAAGUGAUGGGAAAACUCUUUGCGACGAUGCAGCUGUUGGCUGAAAGAUGCCCGAACUUUACAAAAGCAUGCGUUGCUAUCGCUAUACAAGUGCUCGUUGAAAAGCUCGGUGAUAUCAAAUUGAAGAAACCAGCAGGCGAGUGUUUGGUUGUAUUUGCCGAAAAGACAUCUCUCCAGUUUGUCUUUUCACAAUCGUACCCUAUCUGGAAGAAGGCCAAGUCACCCAAGGUGCUCGCCGAUUCAUUGACAUGGAUCCAUGGAGCCGUCAUGGACUUUGGUAUUGCAGGCUUACAGGUGCGGGAUCUGAUCGAGUUUCUCAAGUUUGCUCUUGGCAACACCAACGCAGCUGUACGUACCAGUGCGGUCACUGUUCUGGGUGCUUUGCGUCUCUACAUUGGACCAGAGGUCAAGUCGUUUGUGCAGGACGUUACACCAGCUUUAAUGGCAAACAUUGAAGCAGAAUUUGACAGGGUUGCACAAAUGGAACCACCCAAGCCGACCAAAACAACGGCUGACACAAGUCAAGCGGCUGGAGGCAGGGGCGGAGGCGGAGGCGGAAACGCUGCUGCAGAUGCUGUCGAAUCUCUGUUCCCACGUGUUGACAUUUCAUCUGCACUGAAUAAAGCCUCGAGUGAAUGCAGCGAUGCCAACUGGAAGGUUCGUAAAGAAGGUCUUGAAAAGGUGCUUGGUAUUAUUCAAGGCGCCAACAAACGCAUCAAACCCAACCUGGGUGAAUUCCCGGGUGUUUUGAAGCAACGACUCAAUGACAGCAACAAGAACUUACAAAUCAUGGCACUCGAGAUCGCCGGUCUUUUGGCUGAAUCAGCCGGCAAACCGUUCGAAAAGUAUCUCAAAGCAUUGACAGGUCCUGUCGCAGCGUCGCUAUCCGACAAUAAGGCCAACGUGCGUGCUGCCGGUAUCGCUGCCUUGGAUCAGUUCCGCAAGGCUUGCAGUCUGGAAGGCAUGGUUGGAUCAUUUGCAGCGAGCUUGGCAGCCGAUUCCCCAUCACUACGAAAAGAAUUGCUUGCUUGGCUGGCUAUUCAAUUGAAAGAAGACGAAAAUGCACCAUCGUACGACCUUGCAUCCAUCAUUGCACCUUUAUUGUCGAGUCUGCAGGAUCGAAAUGGCGAUGUUCGAAAAUCCGCUCAGGCAUGUUUACCCAUAGUUAUCGCUAGUGCUGGCUAUGACGCUGUCGUCCACAAGGCUGCUGAUUUGAAGGGCGCUCAACGGCAAGCGAUCAUGCCACUGAUUGAAGCGAAUCGGGGGGCCGCAUCUGCUGCUGCUGCUACUACGGUGGCUCCAAGUUCAGCACCGGUUCAAGCUAAGCGUAUGUCGGCAGCACCAUCGAAAGCCGCAGCUGCUGAACCAGCAGAAGACCAUCUACCCAAAGCAAGUUCAGUCGGACGAUCACGAAUUCUAUCAAAACGUAAGCCAGGAUUGCAAGCACCACGGGCAUCGGGUAUAGCCCCACCGUCUAGUAGUGCUGCUGCUGCUCCAGCCUCCGCUGCUGCUGCUGCCGCUGCCGAUGCUGGUGGCCAGGCACCUGUAUUGACUAGCGAUGCUCGCGCAAAACUAGUGCGUGCCAAGAAGGAGAUUCGAUGGCAAUUCGACGUCCCACGACCUGAUGUCAUUGACGGCUUGAAAGCCAUAUGCGAGCCCAACAUGAGCGCAGAAGUGCGUGCUUUACUGUUCAGCACCAGCCAAUACGCCGAACGCGACCGACUUAACGGACUCACGCUUUUGAACGACUGUUUGGCCAACCCUGAAGUCGCCUCUGAUAGAUACGGUGUCGAUUUUUCAGAUGUCAAACAGCGAUACAUUGCCAAUGCUGAUCUCAUUCUCAAAUACUUGACGAUCCGCUUCUUCGAUACCAACACAAGCAUGCUCAUCAAGUGUUUGGACGUUACGCAAAAUCUUGUUGCGGUCAUGGACGAAGAAGGUUAUCAUUUGACAGAAUAUGAAGCCGUUUCGUUCUUGCCGUUCUUGAUCAACAAGGUGGGCGAUCCCAAGGAAGUCAUGCGUACGCGUAUCCGCACUAUCCUCAAGUCCGUCUGUCGUAUCUAUCCGGCCAGCAAACUAUUCAAUUAUCUCCUGGAUUCGGCAGCAACCUCCAAGAACGCCAAAGCACGGGCUGAAUGUUUGGAAGAAGUCGGUGCGUUGAUUCAGCGAAAUGGUAUCUCGGUCAUGCUUCCCAACAAAUCGCUUCCAUUGAUUGCUACGCACAUUGGUGAUCGUGACGCUGGCGUACGCAACGCUGCGUUGAGCGCGAUUGCUCAGGCCUACAUUCUCACAGGCGAUGCUGUGUUCAAGUAUGUCAGUCGUCUUGGUGAAAAGGAAAAAGGAAUGCUGGAAGAACGUUUGAAACGCACAAAGCCAUCAGCAAGCGUCCUGGCAGAAAAGGAAGCGCGCGAAAAGCAAGAGGCUCAGGAGAUGGAGAUUGACGAAUUCCCUACGGUCAGCCAACUUCCUCGUCUUCCACGGCCUGGACAUGGUAAACAACGUUCUGGUAUUGCUCAGCCGUCACCGCCACCACCGCAACAGCAACAGCAACGUAUGUAUGACGCUGAACCUAUGGAGGAUGUGACCGACGAUUAUGGCAAUCAAUUCAACGAUGGCGGUGCUGCGGGUAUGGCAGGUAUUAGCGAGCCAAGAACAUUGCCGGGACCGUCAUCGAUGCGCCAGCCUCGUUCAGCAACACACCAGGCGUUCCAAAAGGCUGUUCAGCAAGAUCGCGGUGACUAUAUUGUUGACUAUUUGAUUUCCCAGAUCACCAGCGGUGAUCCUCAGCCUAGCAUCGAGGCAUUGAAGCAACUGGACAAACUGUUGAACUCCAAGUCUGAAUUGAUAUUGCCUGACAUUGAGCCGCUUAUCAAUGCCAUCACGCUGCAAGUACGCCUUGCCUACUCGAAUGUGGAUCCACGGGUGCCAGCCAUGACACGUUUAUGCAAACAUCUCGUCAACGCACUCGUCCUUUUGUUUUCCAACCGGGACUUGGCAUGCGCGGUAUCGCAAGACGCUCUACACCAUUUGUUGGAGGAGCUGGCCCAUCGCUUGCUUGAUCAGAAAAUGCUUUCCAUGGAAUCUGGACCGCAACUAUCCAAAGCCUUGAAUGUUGCUAUGGUGAAAGUUCUUGAAAAUAGUCAUCGAAACGCGACGUUUAGUGCGUUGCUGUCCAUCUUGGGCUCUUGUGCAGCCAGUCUUCGUCCUGGAGACGAUCCAGGCGCCAAAGAAACGCGUUACACUGAGUUGACGAUGAAAUGCUUGUGGAAGCUGGCAAAGACGGUUCAGGAAAAUCUGCGCGCACGCGUAUUGAAUCCUGAUGAGUUACUGUACGAAAUCAACAAGUUUUUCAUCACGACACCGCCAGCCGAAUGGAAACGCCGUGCAGCCGAGAAUGUUCCCUUGGGCGAGAUGCCACUUCGAACGGUCAAGACGUUGCUUUUGGAACUCGUCAAUGGCUUGGGCGAUUCAAUUUUCCAACACCUGAGUCUGAUCGACAAUCCACCAGCAAGCAGUGUGUAUCCGUAUUUACAUCACAUGUUGGAAGCGUGUCGAAAGCGUGAACGAUUGCAACAGACACGACUACAACAACAACAACAGACACCACCACCGCCGCAGCCACAAUCCCCAAUUGCUAUGCAACAUCAAAAACAACCCGGAGUCGAAAGUCAGUAUCAGCAGCAACAGCAACAGCAACAGCAGCAACAGCAACAGCAGCAAAGAUACUCAGCACAAUCGUUCAAUUCAUCCCUGAGCCGUCCAUCUUCCAUAUCUUCACUCCAAUCCAAUGGCAUGUUACGAUCAACGUCAAUGGCUUCCUAUCCUUCAGGAGAAACUGACGUACCCAUGGACACUACGAUACCCGUUGCUGCGCCGAUGCGCAACAACAAUAAUAAUACAUCUAAUCAUCAUCCUAAUAAUAACAGCAAUCACAUUAAUAAUAAUGUCCAACCGAUGCAAAUCGAUGAAGACCAACAGCAACAACACGACGAUCCCAACAAGCCACUUUCCGACUACGAAAUGAACAAUCUCUUGACACAAAUCUUUGUCAAGAUUGGCACGCGCGAGCAAACCAAACAGGGCAUCAUUGAACUGUACGAGUUUCAAAAGAAAUACCCGCUUGCCGAAGCCAAGGUGAAUACGUAUCUCUGUCAAUCCGGUACAUAUUUCCAGAGUUACAUUCGUCGCGGUCUGAGCAAUCUGGCUGCUGAAGAUAAUGAACUUCGCUCAAGCCAAACCGCAUCAUCAUCAUCCCCUGUUGCUGUUGCUGCUGCUGCUGGUGGUGGUAUGACAGCGACAGCGACAACGACGCCACCCAUUUCUUCCACAGCAUCAGCAACAAGCCCUCCUUUGGCUUCAGCUACUAUUACACCUACACCAGUAUCUGCCACCCACACAGGUAGUAGUACAGCAGAAUAUGGUAGCCAUCAUUCGUCACCACGGAAUUCAUCAACACCCCAGAUAUCGUCGCCAGUCCUCCAAGAACAAAAGCAAUCGUUCGACUUACAUCGCACAUCAUCCAUGUCGGGUGUUCGCUCUAGCAUGCAUGCAGAUGAUGCCACAGAAAUCAAGCAGAGAUUACAGCGGUUAAAACAAAAGUUUGGUGGAAAAACUUCACAACAGCAGCAACAUUAUUAAUACUUUUCCUUUUUUUUUCUCUCUUCUUCGUAUGAUUGCAUACACACUCUAUAAAUACACAUAUCAUUCUAUAUACAUGUCUGUAGAAACUUUUACGCAACUGUUUACAACUUUUGGAGAUAUAUGAAGUCUAUAACUUCUCGAGUAAAUGACACAUGCGGGAAGAAAUGGGAUGCUUUAUACUUUGUUACUCUAGCCAGAAUAAUUCACCGGUUAGGCCUGUUAAUACUGGUUCUGGUUACUUUAGAGCAGAGCAAUCCAU